AUGCAAGCACAAGGUACAACUGAAGCCAAUAGCCCCGAGUUUGCUCAAUCAAUGAACAUUUUAAGAUCUUACCAACAACAAGCUCAAAAAAAGCAGCAACAAGCACAAACACAAUCACAGCCUUCGCAAACAGUGCAACCAUCGCAAUUAAUAAAUCAUCAACAACAACAAAUGAAUCAGCAACAAUCUGAUAUUAUUGGUUCUAAUUCUAUUAAUGUAAAUUCUAACAAUACUAACUCGCCACUAUUAUCACAAGAACAAUUGAUUGCGUUGAAAUUUCAAAUCUUAGCAUUUAAAUUAAUAUCUCCUUCAAAUUUUCCCUCAAUUUUUGGAAAUUCAAUGCCACAACUUCCGAUAUCAUCAUCACCUACAAUACCUACAACUACAAUACCUCAAAUAAAUGCUACUUCUUCAACACACUAUAAUGAUUUUAUCGAUCCACAUACUUACCACAAACCUAUCAAUACUUAUAAAAAUGCUGUUCAAGAUCAAAGGUUAUUGAUUCCCUCCAUAUCACCUAUAGGGAUUGAUUCUUUUAUUUUGGCCGCGGAACAUGAGAGUUACUUAAAUGCUAGAAUAAAUCAAAGAAUCUCUGAACUUGAACAAAUACCUUUCAUUAAUAAAGUCAGAUUAAAUGAUCCAAACAAUAAUCACUUGGAUCAUUUAGAAUACAAAAGGUUGAUUGAAUACAAGUCUUUUAAAUUAUCAAAUCUACGAACAAAGCUUCGUAAUAAGCUAUUUUUUGCUAUGGCUAGAAAUACUAAAUUAAUUUGUUCAGUAGAUCAUGCUUCCUGCAGAAUAAUGAAAAAUCACGGUCAUAACUUUUUACAAUGGCAUUGUACUAAUCAAAACAAAAGAUUGAAAUUAGGUCGUUCUGUGUUAAAUUAUCAUCUACAAGUUGAGAAAGAAGAACAAAAAAGAGCUGAACGUGUCUCAAAAGAACGUCUUAGUGCAUUGAAAAAUGAUGAUGAAGAGGCUUACUUGAAACUUAUUGAUGAGGCUAAAGACACCAGAAUCACCCAUUUGUUAAAACAAACUGAUUCUUACCUUGAUUCUUUAGCUCAGGCUGUUGUCGCACAACAAAAUGAUGAUUCACACAACGAUCCAUCUGAUGGAAAAAAAAUAGAUUAUUAUCAAGUUGCACAUAAAAUAAGGGAAGAAGUUAUACAACCCUCUAUUAUGAUAGGAGGUACACUCAAAGAUUAUCAGAUCAAAGGACUACAAUGGAUGGUUUCUUUGUACAAUAAUAGCACAUUAACAAAUUGGACAAUGGAAUUUGAAAAAUGGGCGCCAUCAGUUAUGAAAUGUGUUUAUAAAGGAACUCCGUCAGUACGCAAAGAACUGCAACGCCGAUACAUUAAACACAUUAACUUUCAAGUUUUGCUUACAACUUAUGAAUAUAUAAUUAAGGAUAAAUCUGUUUUAAGUAAAAUCAGAUGGGUUUAUGUGAUAAUAGAUGAAGGACAUCGUAUGAAAAAUGCCAAUUCAAAAAUAUCAAUGAUAUUAGCUAAUACUUAUCAAUGCCGUUAUCGAUUGAUUCUUACCGGAACACCAUUACAAAAUAAUUUGCCUGAACUAUGGUCAUUAUUGAAUUUCUUAUUACCUAAAAUUUUUAAUUCUGUUAAAAGCUUUGAUGAAUGGUUCAAUACACCAUUUGCAAAUACUGGUGGACAGGAUAAAAUAGCCUUGAAUGAAGAAGAAUCGUUACUUAUAAUUAGACGUUUACAUAAAGUUUUAAGACCAUUCCUUUUGCGUAGACUAAAAAAGGAUGUAGAAUCGGAAUUACCUGAUAAAGUUGAAAGGGUAAUCAAGUGUAAAUUAUCGAGUUUACAACUUAAGCUGUACAAUCAAAUGAAAAAACUUGGUGUUUUGUUUGUUAAUAAUGGUGAAAAAGGAAAAACUGGUAUCAAGGGAUUAAACAAUACUAUAAUGCAGUUACGUAAGAUUUGUAACCAUCCAUUUGUUUUUGAAGAAGUCGAAGGAGAUUUCAAAUCAAAUUUUAGCAACGAACUUUUAUAUCGUGUUUCUGGCAAGUUUGAGCUACUAGAUAGAAUUCUUCCAAAAUUUUCUUGUACUAAUCAUAGAGUUUUAAUGUUUUUUCAAAUGACUGCUAUUAUGACAAUAAUGCAAGAUUUUUUAAAUUGGCGUGGUUAUAGACAUUUACGUUUGGAUGGUACAACAAAGGCUGAAGAUCGAUCCGAAUUAUUAAAGCAAUUUAAUGCACCAGAUUCACCUUAUUUUAUAUUUUUAUUGAGCACAAGAGCUGGUGGUCUUGAUUUACAGGCUCAAGAUCGUGCACAUCGUAUUGGACAAACAAGGGAAGUACAAGUGUUAAGACUUAUAUCACAAAAAUCUAUUGAAGAAACUAUUCUUGCAAGAGCUCAAUACAAGCUUGAUAUCGAUGGUAAAGUGAUUCAGGCUGGUAAAUUUGACAAUAAAAGUACAGCAGAAGAACGUGAGGCCUACCUGCUUGAAAGGUUUAAAAAUAUGGAUAUUGAAAGGGAUCAAAAAGAAGAAGUUGAAUGGCGUAUGAAAGGUGGUAAGGGCAGGAGGCCUGGAAGAUUGAUAGAGGAAAGUGAAUUGCCGUCUAUAUACACAAAAGAUUAUGAAACGGUUAUAAAUUAUGAUGAUUCAAAUGUCGAAUAUGGUCGUGGUCAAAGAGUCAGAGGAAAUAUUCAUUAUGAUGAUGGAUUAACAGAAGAACAGUGGGUGAAUGCACUUGAAGAUGAGGAUAUUGAACUUGAAGAACUGAUUGUCAAGAAACAAGCGGCCAAAAGACGACGAUUAGAAAAAAAAUACAAGAAAGCAACGAUUCAACAAGGAUCAUCACAACAAGGAUCAUCACAACAAGGAUCAUCGCAACAAGAGUCGUCUCAACAACCUAAUGUGUAUUCAAAUGAUGUGAAUAUUAAUAGCACAAAUGGUAAGAAAAAACGAGGAAGACCACGUAAAGAUGCACAGAAAAUUUUAGACGGUAACAAUAAUAAUUCUGGAUUAACACCAAAACCAUCCAAAAAGAAAGGCAAGACAAAAAGAGAAUUUGAUAGUUAUGAUGAGAAAACAAUUAAUGAAUCAUAUCCAGAUCAAUCUAAAAAAAAGAGAAAAAUAUCUAAAAGUAAUAGUGUUGAUGUUGUUGAAGUUGACGACGUUCCACCACAGAUUCGAGAAAAGAUGAGAAAUAUUUUUAUGGAAUGUUAUUCAGUGGUGGAAAAUUUGAUGGACGAAUCAGAUGGUGAACCACGUCAGCGAGCAUAUCUCUUUCUCACACUUCCAAAAAUAAAAGAUUAUCCAUUAUACUUCCAAAUCAUAAAAAAUCCUAUAGCUAUGGAUACCAUAAAAAAAAGAAUAAAAGGAAUUUAUUAUAAAACAAUAAAACAAUGUAAAGAAGAUUGGUAUCUAAUGUUUAAUAAUGCUAAAACUUUUAAUGAAGAAGGAUCACAAAUUUACAAUGAUGCUAAUAAGAUGCAGGAGGUGCUUGAUAAAAAAUUUGAAGAGCUUUGCCCAGGUGGUGAAUUAUCAAAUACUUCUACUGAAGAUAAGAAUAUAAUAAGUUGA